CAUGACAGCCUCACCGUCGCCUCUAUCAAAACAUCAUGCCCCUCCUCUCCUUGCUAAACAAAUAAUGUGACACAAUGUCCUCUACCACCAAAGGAGGCACUGGUCCUCCUCCAUUAGCGUCUCAUUUACUGGUGGCAGCAGCGUUGGAGACGUGGAGCCAUCAUUUGCUGUACAUUCGGCGCGUGUAUCCUUCCAGUUCCUUUUGCGACAGCUACUUUUUGGGAAUUCGCUGCAAGGCCAAUCGGCAUCCGGGCGUGGUCGAGUACAUUCGCGAUGCCGUCCAAGUGGCCGUGCCGGUACUUCUCGGACAAACGGCAUCCGAGUUUUGUCUCGAAGUGGUCGAUGAUCUUGUUCCACAAGACAAAGAAGAAGACAAAGACAAUCCACUACUACUAGUAGAGAAGAAGAAGAAGGAGAAACAUGACAGUCAAGACAACGAUGAAGAAUCCGAGGAAGACACUCCAAUCGAUUUGCCUCUCCAUGAUGACGACGACGACGACAAGUCAGAAUCAGAUUCGGAACAACAACCCCAACUCGGCAGCAUCGCCCAAAAGCUCCAGGAACUGUCCACACCUUCCUCUUCACAAGAAGAAUCGACACGCUCCCAAAAACGCAGACGAAAGGAAGAAGAAGAAGGUUCCACUGAUGUCUCUUCCUCCAACGCCGCCCUCCAACCAGCAAUAUUGUUUCAAGAAAGGAGACAACACGAGACAAACAAAAAGAACAAUCAUCAAAUAACAACACAACAGCAAUCCCUCUCAUCACUCUCGCAGCAUGAUCAUCCGAGUCAACAACAAAUGAUUGACACUGUGGAGGAUGAAGAACAAGAAGAUGACGAAAAAGCUACGGAUCCUGGAUACAACAUUGACUCGCUCACCCCCGACACGGAAGAAACAGCUCGUAGCCGCCUCCAAUACAAGUCACUGCAAGUUCUGGAACGCUUUUCGCUCCACUUUUCCAUGCCAACAACUACUACAACUCAAGAACAACAACAAACCAUUGUCAAUGUGGAGAACAACCGCAAUAGCAAAAAGCCUCGAUUGGGACGCUUUCGCCCCUCGGCGAAAAAACCAACACCAAAGCAGACGGAUCCUUUCCAAGCCGUCUUGCCAGAGCUGGAACGGGCAUUUCGAAACCUCAUUCUCCACCUUGCCAGUUUGAAACGAGAUCGCGUCUUGCCGUCCCAUACCCUCUCCUUCAAGCUGCUAUUGCUACACACAGAGGAAGGACACGUUGCCGUUUUGGAUCGAGCCUUUUCCGUGGGGAGUUGGUAUCCCGCAUCGUCCGAAACGGACAAAUGCAUAGAGGAACGGCGACCUCGGUUGCCCUUGUACCAAGUGGGGGUGGGAAACAGUCUACUCGACAUUCGAUUUCAUAUGCAACGACUACAGCCAGAUGGGGGAUCGUAG